GUGAAACAGAACAGAACAUGCUUCGCCCAGAAUCGUAGAUUACCAGGGCGGAAUGAAUUUCUUGAAAUCACCUAAUCCAGUUCUUGUUACAAGCAGGAAGCACAUGAAGCCCCCCUGCGUGAGCGCCCCUUCUCCGAGCAGUCCUGCGCAGCCCUUGCCAGUGUCCAGCGCGUCCACAUCCAGUUGCACGUGGACGUCAGGAGAUGGCGGCCCCACCAGCUCCAGUGACCCGGAGCCGCACUGCGCCCAUAAAUAGCGAAGCUCUUCUGGCCCUGAGGCUCUUCCCGCCCUGGCCUGCUUCUCUCCCUCUUCUCUCCGGCAGCCCCGACACUAUGCAGAUCUGUGCGCUGCUCUUAGCUGUCUCUCUUCUGCUCCACCAAGAUCCUCCAGCGUGCAGCGAGCUGGAAGUGGACAGAAUAUGUGGCUAUGGGACCGCUCGCUGCCGCAGAUGGUGUAAAAGCCAGGAACGUAAGAUCUCCACGUGUCCCAACACCUACGCCUGCUGUCUGAAGCCCUGGGCUCACAGCUCACAGAAUGUCAAGGGACAAUGACCCCGUGGGCGCAGCCCAAAGCCUGGCGGUGGAGGGCAAUGGAGCAGCCUCAGAUCCGGUCCCUGGAGGAAGCUGGCUCCUGCUCAGAAAGCAGCCACCGCCCUGGAGGCUGUGCAGGACACAGGCUCUGGCCCCCUGGGCCCCACAGGGCCCGCCGCAGGUGCAAUUCAGGUGUUGAACAACAGAGGCU